GUACUCAUAUGUCCUCUGCUUGCAAUGCAGGGAUGAUGUCUGCUGCUUUGGGACUUAGAAGAAUGUCACCUAAAAGGAUUGCUCUUGCAGCCCUUGUGCUCCUCAUGCUAGCAUUGCAGGGAUCGACAACAUUAACAAAUGAUUCCCCAUUUAUUCUGAUGAACAAGGCCACUGGGUUUUGUUUGGCUAAAAGAGGUACUCGCUGCACUGAAAUUCGCUGGACAACCGGUAACCGGCUUUUUGUGGUUUCGACCAAGAAAUGUCUGGGUGCUCAGGGCAAAAGUGUAGGGAGUGAGGUGAGCCAGUACGACUGCGACGAAAAGAGUGACCUGCAGAAGUGGGUUUGCCAAAACGGAACCCUGCUUAAUCUGAAGAAGCAGCCGUUCUACAUUGAAGUCAGAGCAGAUGAAUCAAUCGUUCUGUCCAAAACUGUUGGGCCAAACAACCAACUGACCAUUGUGGGGACAUCUAGUGGGGCCUGUACAAGAACACACAGAGAAUAUUACACAAUUGGAGGCAAUGCGUUUGGCAAAAUCUGCAUGUUUCCCUUCAUGUACAAAGACCGAUGGUAUGGAGACUGCACCACAUAUGACUCCAAAACGAAGCGCAGCUGGUGUGCAACUGAAACCAAAUAUCAGCAUGAACAGCAAGGAUACUGCCCAACUUCUUCCACAGAACACUGGAACAGAAACUUUGUUACAGGAGCUUAUUACCAGGUGAACAUGCAGGCAGCUCUGACCUGGGCUCAGGCUGACACCAGCUGCAAACAGCAGGCUGCGUUUCUGGUUAGCAUUGUCGAUCCUGUCGAGAAGGCCUUCCUCACAGGACUAACAGGAACAGGAAGACACAAGCUUUGGAUUGGAUUGAGUUUGGGCUCAGAACAUGGCUGGCAGUGGACUGAUGAAAAGCCCUUCCGUUACAUAAACUGGGAUGCCGGGCACCCACUUCCUAAUCCCGGACACAACUGCGCAGUUCUUGACACCUCUGGGCAGUUCUCGUGGCAAAGUUCCACUUGCACAAAGAAACUUGGCUACAUCUGCUACAAAGGCGGAAUCCCACCAGCUCCGCCACGAUUUGAAGAAGGAUUUUGCUCAAAUCACUGGAUCCCUUACAAUGGACACUGUUUUUACCUUUACCGCACACCAAUGUCAUGGUCCAAUGCUCUGACAGAGUGUCGCAAAGAGGGAAGUGAACUCGUUAACAUACGCAACAUUGAGGACCAAAGCUUCGUCAUCUCUCAGCUUGGAUAUGGACCCUCUGAUGAGCUCUGGAUAGGACUGAAUGACAGAACCACUGAAGGGUUGUUUGACUGGAGUGACCACACAACCGUCACCUUCACCAGCUGGGAACCUGGAGAACCCACAGUGUCCACUGUUGAAGAAGAUUGCGUUCUCAUUAAAGGAGAGAAUGGAAAUUGGGCGGACCGUUACUGCGAUGAAAAGCACGGAUAUAUUUGUAUGAAGCAAAAUGCCAUUGAAAUAACUGGAGAUGAAGUGGAGUUACAGUUGGAUGUCGGCUGCAAACUUGGCUGGAGAAGACAUGGCUCUUUUUGUUACUUUGUGGGUACUGAGACCAAAACCUUUGAAGAAGCUAAAGAAGACUGCAGGAGCGCAGCUUCCUACUUAGCCGAUGUCUCAAAUGGGGUGGAUAAUGCCUUCCUUGUGAGUCUGGUAGGACUGAGACCGGAGAAACACUUCUGGAUCGGUCUCUCUAAUCAGAAUAACCAUGAUGUCUUUACCUGGACCAAUACAGCAGUUGUGAGAUUUACUCACUGGAAUGGUGGAAUGCCAGGUAACCUACAAGGUUGUGUUGCUAUGGCGAGUGGGGUUUCGGCUGGACUCUGGGACAUACUGCCCUGCACCAACAAGGAGAAAUACAUCUGCAAAUACAUGGCAGAGGGGGUAGUUUCAACAAUACCGCCCCAAACUCAAACUCCUCCCAAGUGUCCAGAUGGUUGGAAUCGAGUGGGAACAAGAAAUGUUUGCGCGAAGUUUUUCACAGGACCACGUUCAGAGGAGAAGACCUGGUUUGAAGCCAGAGAUUAUUGCAGGGCUAUCGGAGGAGACCUGUUAAGCAUCCACAGCUCUUCUGAACUAUUGGUUGCAAGCAGAGGUGGCAAAGCUUGGAUUGGACUUCACUUUGAAAAUCCAAACGGUUAUGUAUGGACUGAUGGAAGUGCGUUAAACUUCCAGCACUGGCAGGAAGGAGAACCAAGCAACGUAAACAACGAUGAAACCUGUACUGAAUUUGUGUUGUAUAACUGGGAUGAGCAAGGCUCCUGGAACGAGCUGAAUUGUGAAAGCUACAAUGACUGGUUGUGUCAGAUUCGAGCAGGAGCAACUCUAAAACCACCUCCCAACAAUACAGCACCAGAAUUUAACACCACAUUAGAUGGUUGGCUUAUAUGGAAAGGGAGACAAUAUUUCCUGAACAGAAUGCCUAAAUCUAUGGAAGAGGCUCGUGACUUCUGCAAAAGGAGACAUGGUGACUUGGUAGUAAUCAACAAUAAAGAGGAAAACAUUUUCAUAUGGAAACAGAUUUCAAGAGGCUAUGGGUCAUGGUAUAUAGGCUUAUCAGUGGAUCUUGAUGGGUCAUUUUGGUGGUUGGAUGAUACUCCAGUGUCUUAUCAAAGAUGGGAUGAAAAUCAGCCGAAUUCCAAUGCCUUUGAUGAGAACUGUGUUACUAUGGGUUAUCAUAAGGGAUAUUGGCGUACUUCUAACUGCGGAAGAGAGGCUCAGUCCAUUUGUGAAAGAUCAACCUCACCACCUGUCAACACCACUGCAGCGCCAACAAUAUCUCUCAAAGGUGGAUGUCCACAAACAUGGAAAAAAUUUGGUUCAAAGUGUUACAAAAUAGUAAGUGACCGCAAGGUGACUUGGGAAGGUGCAAGAACACAAUGUGUCAAUUUUGAAGCCAAAUUAGUUUCCAUUCCUACAAGACAAGUUCAAGCAUUCUUGAUCACUAAAAUGCUUACUGCAACAAAUACGGAUCUAUGGAUAGGAUUAAACUGUAUAAGGCAAGAUGGAUUUUUCUGGAGUGAUGGAAAAACAAGGCAAUACACCAACUGGGGUUAUUCUAAAAAUCAGAGACGUCCUGGAUCAUUUUAUCAAAGAUGGAAUGAGGAGGAGUGUGUGCUGAUGUCCAGCAGUUCAGCUUUCGGGGUUGGUAAAUGGCUGAUAAAGUCGUGCAAUGACACAAACGGAUACAUCUGUCAUAAAGAUAUCAAUCCGACUAUUUCAGAUAACUCAGAUCCAAUCAGUCCUACCACUUAUGAGAGUCUGGGAAAUGACAGCAUCAAGGCUGUGACUCAAAAUCUAACAUGGGCCGAAGCCAAGAAAUUGUGUGAAAAUGAUAAGGCCAACCUGGCUAGCCUACGAACCGAGUGGACAAAUGCCUAUGUUGAGUUACUGGCUUUGACUCUCAAAACUCCUCUGUGGAUUGGACUUAACAAAGAUGAGACUCAAGGUUAUUUUAGGUUCAUUGAUGGCUGGCACUUGAGCUCCACCAACUGGGCCGAAUUUGAACCAAGCAGGAAUAAACCGUGUGUGUAUGUCGAUGUGGAUGGAAAAUGGCGGACAGCUUUCUGCAACCAGACUAUGAACAGCGUCUGCAUGAUGUCAACAGAUGUUGCACCUACAGAGUCCACUGUAUUUCCUGGACGCUGCCCUGAAGACACCAGUGUGGAGUACCAGGAUAGUUACACCUGGUUGCCAUAUAAAGGCAACUGCUAUCUGUUUGUCACAGAUGAAAUUGAAUGGGCAGAUGCAGCUAGCAGUUGUGUAAGACAUGGUGGUGUCCUGACAAGUAUUGAAGAUCCCUUGGAGCAAGCAUUUCUUAAAAGCAACAUAGAAGUAUUUCAAGACAGCCACACCUCUUUUUGGAUUGGUAUAUUUAAGACACACAAAGGGUCGUGGGCAUGGCUUGAUAAAACUGUCCUCGACUAUAUCAACUGGGGUGAAGAUGAACCUGAUUCUGAUUUUGGAGCCAUAACAACUAAAGAUGGGACAUGGAGUUCAGGGCGCAGAUGGCACGACAGAGCGUAUAUCUGUAAAACACCCAAAGUUAUGAUGACAGAUACAGAUACAAAACCCCAGCCUCAUGCAGGAGACGAUCCACGCAGUCGUGUCCACACAAGUUUGGUGGUUGUGAUGCUUAUUGCCAUCAUCUCGACAAUGAUUGUUGUCGCUUUCUGGCUCUACAAGAGAUCUCCUCGUCCCUUCCCCACCUUUGAGAAUCCAUUGUACUUCAAUGGCGAAAAAUCUCAGCCUGAUGUGGUCGACACCAAUAAAUUGAUCGAGAAUGCUGAAGUCUCCGAAGUCUCCCCAGAAAAUCCAGAGCCCAUUUUCAUUCUGUGAUUUAGGAGUUUGCACAAGUUGAAGUUGUACAAACUAGUCUGAGAUUAAUUUUACUGUAAACACAACUAUGCUUCAGUAUUUUGUUUUUAAUGCAAACAAUAAAUAUUCAGUAAUUUAACAAUAACUGUAUUUGUUCUUUCUCUACCCAUGGCAGAAUGUAUAUAUAGUGGCUACAUGUGAAGCUCAUUUUCUAGAUGCUGUUUAUUGCUUUUACUGUUUGAAUGUAAAAUGGAGGACACAGCCUGUCAAUGUUAAAAGAAGACAUUAAACCGUUCACCAUAAUA